AACCUUGCUUUCAGCGUUCGCCAUUCCGAUGGCGUGAUGAAGUCACAAGGCAUUGACGGAGGUUUCUAUUCUUUCAGAUGGACUUCCAAUCGUAGCUGGGUCAGGCAGACCAGCAGAUUUCUGCUGCUAGUGCUAGCGGUUACAUGUCUCAGAGGUCAUCCACAGCAGGCGCUUGCUGUGGAAGAGGCAUUGCAAGCUGUGAAGUCGAGUAUCUCUGAUGCCGCUGGGCCUCGGGAUGUUCGACUCAUCGCAGUGUCAAAGUUCAUCCCCGCGGAUGUGAUUCGCACGGCCCACGACGCUGGCCAGGUGGAUUUUGGCGAAAACUAUGUCCAGGAGUUGUUGGACAAAGCUGCUGAGCUGCCAAACUCCAUUAGGUGGCACUUCAUUGGACGACUUCAAUCCAACAAGGUGAAGAAGCUGCUUGAGCUGCCAAAUUUGGUCUCAAUCGAAACUGUGGACUCUGCCAACCUCGCAAAGAGGAUAGCAAAUGUGGCAGCAGACGCGCGGACCGAGCCAUUGGAUCUCUCGAUCCAGGUCGACACCAGCAACGAAGAGACCAAAGGUGGGGUCCAGCCACAAGAUGCCAUGGAUCUGGCAGAAAGCAUUGUGAACCUCGGUUCAGUGCGUUUGGCUGGAUUGAUGACCAUUGGUGCAGCCGGAGAUUUGAGCGCCUUUGAUCGCCUCAAAGAUUUGCGAAGAAAGAUGGCAAAACAUCUUCAGGUGCCAGAGGAAUCCUUGCAGUUAAGCAUGGGCAUGUCUGGUGACUUCAAGGAGGCCAUCAAACGAGGAGCCACUUCCGUUCGAGUAGGUUCUUCAAUAUUUGGAGCUCGGCCAUUGACCCGGCCACCACGCAAAGCAUCGUGAGAAAA